CAUCCAUCUCGUUUCCUCAAGCUCUCUUCUUGAGUUCUCCUCUUCCCUUGUCUCACCCUCUUACUCAGGCUAUAUAUAGUAUUAGAUCUACCAUACCCCAUAACUUCGUUCCUGCAACUAUAUUACAAUGUCUGGCGACGCCUUGACUUUAGGAAAAGUGGUGGGGGAUGUGGUGGACCAAUUCCCUAGGACCGUGCCCCUAAAGAUUUUCUACAAUAAUAGGCUACUUUUUAAUGGUGCAGGGCUAAAACCCUCUGCAGUAGUGAAUAGGCCCAGCGUUGACGUUGGAGGAGAUGAUCUCCGGACAUUCUACACGCUCGUGAUGGUGGAUCCAGAUGCACCAAACCCAAGCAAUCCGACGUUAAGAGAGUACUUGCACUGGAUGGUCACAGACAUCCCUGGAUCAACGGAUACAAAUUUCGGGAGGGAGCUGACGACUUAUGAAAGCCCGGGACCGGCGUUCGGGAUCCACCGGAUGGUGUUCGCGCUGUUCCACCAGUUGGGCAGAGAGACAGUAUUCGCUACUCCGACGCGGAACAACUUCAACACCAGAGAUUUCGCUCAGGAAAACCAUCUGGGGCUGCCGGUUGCCGCGGCAUACUUCAACUGCCAGAGGGAGGGGGGCUGCGGCGGCAGAAGAUUCUAAAGCGACUAUUGAUGUCAUGGAGCAAUAAGUCAUAGCAUAAAAUUAGUAGAUGAGAGAGCGUUGAUGUCAUGGAGCAAUAAGCUAUUACCAUAAAAUUAGUAGAUAACAACGUACGUAUCGUUGUAACCUAUGCCUAACUUUUAAAUAAACAUCAAGUCAGCAUCUCCAGCUACUUUACCUACUUUACCUGCCUUCUAUAAACAUCCUGUCCACACACCUCCAUCCUCUCGUAUCAAGUCAAUAAGCAAAAAAACAAACAUCCUGUCAUGGAACUGGAAGAACCUAGCUUCUUUUUCUUUUUUUUACUGAAAGAAUGGAACCUAUGGCUAACUUUUAAAUAAACAUCAAGUCAGCAUCUCCAGCUACUUUACCUGCCUUCAAUAAACAUCCUGUCCGCACACCUCCAUCCUCUCGUAUCAAGUCAAUAAGCAAAAAAACAAACAUCCUGUCAUGGAACUGGAAGAACCUAGCUUCUUCUUUUUUUUACUGAAAGAAUGGAACCUAUAGCUAACUUUUAAAUAAACAUCAAUGUCAGUAUCUCCAGCUACUUUACCUGCCUUCUAUAAUAAUGUUCUUCAGCGAUACACAUAUGAAGUGAUAUAAUAUAUUACGAACAUAAGAGUUGAAAAAGUUCGCACGGAUGCACUAUAGGGACUGAAAUCAAUUCGGUCAUUCGAGAUGGACGGACAUGCAUGCAAAUAUAGAAUAUGGUCCAUGGUGCAACUUGCACAGAUCGCAGUAUCAAUUUUUGGAGGCAUGGAACAAUGAAUAUUUUGACACGAUGAUGAUACAAGAAUUUAAGAAAUUACUAGGAAUAAUAGAAACAGCCUCCUGAAUAUAGUUAAAACCUA